GUUUGUUGCAUGCAUAACUGUUAGUGUAGGUCUCGGAGAUGCGAGCACCAAUUUUUCUGCUGCUCGGAGUGAUGGGCCUGGGUGCAUGGACCUCAGCCUGCCGUAUAGCCUGGGGCUCGUGGAGCUCGUGCAGUAGAAGUUGCGGAGGAGGCAAAAAGACGCGUACGUGUGAUUGGGGCGGGACACAGUCCGAGUCGUGUAACGAGUUCUGCUACAACGGAAACUCGUACAACGGCGGCUGUCGCUGCAGCGCCUGGAGAACGGGAUCUUGCUGUGAAGGUUGCAGGUAUCCCGGUAUCGCCAAGUGCAAGCCUGGAAAGUACGAGUGUGGUGGCAGCCCUGACGGCAUCCGAUGUACAGACUGUUACCUACCGUACAAGCCAGCCGGCUUCAACAAGGGCUGUGUACGAAAACCAUGCAACGAAAACAACGGGGGCUGUUCUCAUCUAUGCACGGCUGAGAGGUUAACACGGUGUACUUGUCGCGCUGGUUAUCAACUCAGCUCGGAUGAAUACAGUUGUAUAGAUAUUAACGAAUGUGCGACUCACAACGGCCAAUGCGAUCAGAUAUGCACGAAUUCUCUUGGAUCAUACUCUUGUUCGUGCGGUCCGGGCUUCGUCCUUGCGUACGGCAGUCGAUCGUGUAACGAUAUCGACGAAUGUUUGACGGGAACUGCCCGCUGCGGACAUCAAUGCGUUAAUACGAAUGGGAGCUUUAAGUGUACAUGCGAUAGCGGAUACCGUUUGAAUCCAGACGGUUUAACGUGCGAUGACAUUGAUGAAUGCAAAAUUGGCAACGGUGGAUGCGCUCACGUGUGUGAGAACAUUGCGGGAAGCUACAAAUGUAGUUGUGACACUGGCUACGCUCUUCACGACGGAGCUCAUCUAUGCAAAGAUAUAGACGAAUGUGACUCUGGUGUAUCAGCAUGUUCACAAAUCUGCAUGAAUAGUAACGGUACAUACCACUGUGAAUGCGAGGCAGGGUUCUACCUUGACAACGAUACAGUCACGUGUAAAAAUAUCAAUGACUGUAAUGCGGUCGUGUGUGAAAAUGGCGGUGAAUGUGUAGAUGGCGUUGAACAGUAUUCUUGCGAAUGUCAACCUGGCUUUUCCGGCAAACUUUGUCAAGAUGAUGUGAAUGAAUGCGAAGGUGUUUUCAAAGCCGGAUGCGAGGACAUAUGCGUGAAUACCUUUGGAUCCUAUCUCUGUCAAUGUCGAGAUAAUGUUACACUAAAGUCGGAUGGAUUCUCAUGCUCGUACGACGGCGAAAGAGAGGACGUGUUUACUCGAUACAGCAUUGGUGGACGCCUUCUUCCGAAAGGUUGUUCCAAAGUUGCUUUUAGGUUAGAAUCUGGAACAGAAUCCACCUUUUGGUCUACCUCCGACUGAACACAAAUGGAAAUGUCGUGUUCACUUCCGGAGUAGUUUUUCUCGACUCACACCAUGUAUCUAUACCAAUAUCUCUAUCAGGUCUUCAAGUUGUUAAUACUUCUGGCAGUGGCUUCAUCGUUUCUAGCGAUCAAAUCACGUUUUCUGUUCAAGAGGGAACAGCAAUUGGAAACGCCAACAACAAUGACUGUUUGAAUAUCAAUCCCACAUACCAAGAUAUCCGUGACUUUCAGAAGUCCAUGUCUUUUAUGAAGUCGUUUUUCAAGGGUAUUGAUGAACAAAUGCCAAACUGGUUGAGACUUUCCAAUAAAGAAAUAUUAGGAACAGGAUUACAGGACAUGCGCACACAUGUACUCAAAGGAAGUGAAAUUUCCAGAGGAAGGUGCAGCGGCGCACCACUCACAAACGACAAGUUGUAUGCAGUGUUGUUCGUUACCACCAGCUUUUCUAUUGAAAUAUACGACCAGGUUGCAAUACUUCCCACUAGGUCAUCACAAAAAGACGACACAGUAUGUUUUAUUAUCGAUACAUUUGAAGACGAUGAGUGGGCAAUUUUCAUUCUUCUUCCAGAAGGUGUGCGAGAUAUCUUGCACCGGUUCGACAUGUUCAAGCAGAUCUUUCAGCGAUAUAAAAUUGAGAUUCGUCCGAAAGGAAUCGGUUUGUCUUUGAAAAAAUCAAUAAACGUGCAAAGUGCGGAGAACAGUAUGAAGCUUUGGAAUGGUGACGAACUUUUCAGUUAUAGUGUUCCAAAAGAAGCUUCGUUUUGGAUUAAAGGCGAUAUUGUAGCGAAACAUGAAUUCUUUACUUCCACAGCCACGGUUGAAACUUACAUAUCUAUACCCUCUCCUUCUGUCAUUAUGCGAUCAAUUUUUGAAGAAGAAUGGGACAUUGUCGCCACUAUACGUUCUAAACAAGACAUAAUGAUUGGACAAUUUAAAUUACCAGUAAAAAAUGAUGUCGACGCACGUGCAUCCUUAGGCGGUCAUGGGAUGCGACAGUUGUGCGGGGAGUAUUCAAAUCCAAAAGGGUUGUUUAUCACUUUAUCAACAAGUAGCAACCCAUUUGAAAACAUUCCAGUAUUGAGUGUUUUAUCGAUCGAGUUGAUGGUAAAAGUGUACGCAUUUAUAACCAUAUCAGACAACGAUGAACAACCUGUGUAUUUACCGACGUCAAUUAUUGCCCGGAUGAGAACGACAUCGCAAAUUCUAAAAAAUAUUCAGGAAAAUACUAUUCCAUACAUUCGAGGACAUGAAAUGAUUAUGAAAAAUUUCUCAACUUCUGCUUUAACAUAUUUUGCAAUUUCAACAGCCAAACUAACAGACGUGAUGAACGAGGCUGUCGCGGCGAUAGAAAUUCAAACAAAUUUGAACGCCUGGAUAGUACAGAGAAUCACCAAUAUUUGGGAAAAUGAAUAUUUAAUGUUCAAACGUUCCGUUCAAAAGUUUUCGGAAAGCAUUGAAUUUAAUGCUCGAGCGAUGGCAUUUAACUUGAGCAAAGUACUGGAGAACACCAUUUCUGAUGUAUCAUAUUCGUUUUCAGAAAUUAUUACCACUAUAAGUAAUGAACUUGUAAGUGGUUUUUCUGACUUUUCUGGAAUUGGUUUGAAAUUCUCUGGUGGUAUAAAUGUUUUUGGGUUACCAAUAACAGAUCUAGACUUUGAGAUUGUUAAGUCUGUUGGACAUGUUGGAAAAUGUAGUAGAUUUAAAGAAGUAUUUGAGCUGUUUGAAGACGAGGACGCAUACCGCAUUUUUGGCAAAUUUAAAACUUUCAUAAGUUUAGGAAGAUUUAUUAGGAUUAAUCGCGGUGGCUUGGGAUGCGCUAUAAAUAAAGAUGGCACUAAGAUACAGGGUCGUUUUCAUGCAGAGUUCUCUAUUCUAUUUCAGUCAGUGUUUACUGACGUUUUUUUCAACAACAAUGGACUAUUUAUGUAUUACGAGAUACUUCUUGCAAAUCUCUUUAAAACUGAUUUGAGUGUUCAUGCAGCUUGGGGCUCAUCGUGGAAUGAGUUGACCUUUGAAGUUAAGGCAACCUUCAGAGCGGACGGCAGCGGGGAUGGUAGUUUCCAAGAUAGUUAUUCAUCGGCUAUAACACGAGCAAUAUCUGACAUGGCAGACAUAGCUUCCGAACGUAUCGCGUCUGCUAAGAACGAAAUCAAUAAUGCACAACGGUCCAUAGAUAGAGCAAAGCAAUGGCUAUCUUCCAAACAAAGAGAAGUUCGAAGUGCUAAUGAAGAAUUCGACAAAGCAAUUUCGAAACUUGAAGAUGCCAAAUCUGCGUUGGAGCAUGCUAAGAAACCAUUUCAACAGGCAUUGGAAAAAGUCGAGAAUGCGCAACAAAAACUCGAUCGACUUUGCAAACUGAAGGACUGUAAACAAAUAUGUGUGCCCGGCAUCCGCUUGACAACAUGUACACGAUCCGUUUGGGGCGGAAAAAUUUCCUAUCCAUGCACCCAGUGGAGUGGCUGUAUUUAUAGUUUUUCUGACCCUGUGUGUAUUGCUGAAAAUUUAGCAUGUAGCGUAAUAAGGGCACCUGCAGUACUUGUUCUCGAAGGUGCUGAACUACUUCUUAGAGUUCCAAUGCUCCUAUUUGACUUAGCAAAAGCUGCCGUAUCUGUAGCGCAGGUUGUUGUAGACAAAUCACGAGUUGUUCUUUUGGCUGCAGAAAAUCUUUUGGAGAUUGCUAAAAUAAGCAUGGAUGCAACGUCCGCUGUUCUUGAAUCAGCAAAACAAGCCUUAGAAGCUUUGAAUUUUGUACUACGUCUAGGUGUUGCGGCAAUAAAUUACAUCAUAGAGAACGGUAUUGAUGCAAUCGUUGAGAUUCGGAACUGUGGCUUUGAAACGGCGAUACGUACAAAAGAUGUCGGAAUAUUUGAUAUUUUUUGCGAAAUAAACCCAUUUAGGUUAGGAUGGAAAAAACUUCGUUUAAAAGUAAAUAUUAACGACAUGGUCAGAAGUAUAUGGAAUGCAGCAAAGGCAACUGCUGAGACAAUCUUAAAUAUGCUCACUGGUCGUAAGAAAAGAGCAGUAGAAUUCAAUACAAAGUCUGCCUUUUACACAUUACUCCGGAAGGCAAGACAUAUUGACCUGAGCAAUUCCACGUUUAAAGAAUUUAUUAACCAAAGUAUUGAUACUGUUUCAACUACGAUGGGUUUCAGAAAGAGUGAUGCUGCUGACGAUUAUGAUUAUAGGACAGAAAUUUUUAAAACCAAAUGUGAAAUCUUCAGUAAAGUUUGGUUGUAUCUAAUGGAGGCAACGUAUGUCGCUUUUAAUGUAAGUUCUGGAACAGAAGGCGAAUUUUUUGAGCCAGAGUCCCUCACUAAAUACAGUAAUAUCACAAACAGGACGUUAUCGCUUUACGAUAUUGGCGUUGAUAUCAACGUAGCAGCAACCGAAUUUAAUAUGUCUAUUUCCGAUUUAGAGUUGUUGCUUGAAGAGGCACGCAAAAAUAUUUCCUCUGACAAUCAACUUGUCGAAAUACAAGAGAUGUCAAAUGUUUAUUCAAAAGUUAUGACAUCACAAAAAAAUGAAACAUCGACAAUGGAAAUCACAAUGUUUUGGGUUCAUAUCAUGGAUAACAUCAGUCGCGAUUAUUAUGAAGAAAGUACAUGUAUUAAUUUCAUGGACUGCAUGCAUUAUUCAAUAACCAUAUUAUACGAACUGUUUGACGGAGAAAAUAUAACAAACAUGGAACAAAGCUUGGAAACUAUUUCUGAAAUUGAAAACCUAUUACUCAACAUAACAACUGAACAUAAAAUUACUUCAAAUGAAGUUUUCAAAAUUGCAAAUAAUCUCAACGCAAAUCUUACACUUCUGAAAGAGUUGAAUAUGUUUUGCUCAACGCCUCCAGUAAUGCAGUCGCAACUUCAAAACCAAACAGGCUCGACUGGAACCAGAAUAACGCUGCUCUGUGACGUCACAGGCAAUCCUAUGCCAUCUGUCACGUGGUAUAAAAAGACAAACUUAUUGGUGAAUGAGACCCUUAAGACGUUGACAAUCCAGAAUGCUUCAUCUGAUGAUGCAGGAGUGUAUCACUGCUUGAGCAGCAACAUCGUUGCAACCAUCGCUUCCAACGACGCAUGGAUACACGUUUUAGAACCCGAGGAAGCGGAAGUACCCACUGUAAUAGAUAAACCCGAAAACGAAGACCAACACGAAGACACCGUCGUCGUGGCAACAUCGACCGCGGUUGCAGGAGUUGCAGCUAUUGUCCUCGCUGUUGUUGUCACGUACCUAUAUAGGAGGUCGAGAUGUCAGAUGUUCAAAGUUAGGCAACCCAAAAUAGCGAUGAGGACUCAGCAAGCCGAGUAGAUUGUAUGGGAAAGUUUAGAUUGUUUAUCAGACAUAAAGCAGCAAUACCUUUAACGUUGGAUAUGGUCGCCACAAUUUUGUAUGUGGAACAUGUUGUUGUAGUGGCGACUAAGUUAUAGGAAAUUGAAAUUGAACUUUUAUCUGUACCUAGUAAAUUGCACUUAACAUAUUGUUAGCAGCUAUUUUCUGACAACGCGCCUGCUUCUGAUAAACCGAUCAUACGAUUGUAUAGCAGUACCAUGUUGAUGUAGAUGUAGAUGAUGUAUAUUGAAUAAACUCUAGUUGUGUUGCCAAUAUUUUAGCACGUAUUAAGUUAUCAUAAUUUAUAUUAAUUAUGUAGCGUGUGCACUCACAAUCCUUGAUAAUUCUAAAUCAAAAAAAGUUUAUCGUGUCAUUCUAACUGAGGAAGCCUUUUGUUAAAUAAACUGUCUGUUUUUUAGUUUAACAGUCGGAUAAAUAUAUAAUAAAGAAUAAAUCAUAUUAAUAUUUGAUGACAAUUACAAAAAUGUUAAUAUGAUGUUUAACCAAUGCUAUAGUUUCAGCACUUUCUUAUUAGUAUUUGCUUAUGUAGAUUAAUAACAAUUAUAAUUGAAUGUAUGUUUUCUUUGUAUAUAUGCUCUUGAUUUUUGUUUGGUGAUGCUAAUUGUAAUAAAGCACACAUUUAACACAAAUUUCACAAUAAAAAAUGUUAUGGUAAAUUGACCUGUUAUGAAUGUUUUUAUUAAUAUCAACUGUUAUUAUGUCUUUAAAUUAAUUUUCAAAAUAUUGAUGUUGUCCCUGACUUUUGUUAUUUCGUGUAUGACGGUUGAUUUUCAGUGAUAUUGUUGGGUUAUUGUUGUAUGACUUGUAGAAUAUUCAAACCACGAACUAGUUUUUUAUCUGUAAGUAAGUAAGUAUCCUUGUUGUUUACCUAAUUAGUUUAGUUUAGGAGAUUAUACGGGGAUAAUUCAAUACAUGUAUUACAAGUAAUCAUUAAAAAAAAAAUUCCAUGCAUAUUUGAUUUUAUACAUGUUUAUAUUAAUUCAUUUAAAUGCAGACGUAUUGAUUAGUAAUUAUUUGGAUGUGAAAUACUAUUUUAGUUUAAAUCUAUAAAAUUAACUGCAGAAGAAUAAUUCAAUAAAUAAAUGUAUUUGAAAGUAUAAAUCACUAUGUUGCAUGUGCAGUGUAAUCGUCUCCUUUUAAAA